UAUAAGCAACUCUUACACUAAUAUUAUAUCAUAAAAAUUUUCUCAAAUUUCUUAAAUUGUAUCAUUUCUUUCUUUUCUUUUAUGAAAGAAUUGUAUACAAUAUAAGAAGUUCCAUAUUUAUAUUUUUAUAUAUAUAAUUAAUAGCACUGAUAUACAAGAAAUUUUAUUUGUAAAAUAAUAUACUCCAUUAAUCUUUAAAAUUCUCCGAUAUUACAAUAUUUCAUUGUAAAGAGAUUUUUUUGUUUUAUAGAAUAAAAUAUAAUAGUGAAAAUUAGAAUGUAAAUAAAUCGCACGAAUAAUUGUUCAUCAGCAUAUUUAUCUCUGUUCAUAAUUUUACUAUGAAAAUAAUAUUAAUAAACAAUCACAUUUAUAUUAACAAAAAAAUUUAAAAGAUACUGCAAUCGAUCAAUAAUAUAAUUCAUUGUAAAGACCAUACGAUAACCCAUAUAGAAUUUAUUUCGUUCGUAUAAGUUAUUUUUUUCUUUUCGAAAUAUUAAAAAUUUACUUAGAAAAAUAUCCCCCUCUGGUGGAGUUUUCUGUCGACAGACGACAACUCUGCCAUCUGGUAGUAACAUAUACUAAAUAAAUAUUAUUUUAUCAAUGAUUUAUCUAAAGUAUAUUUGAUCUAUGCUAUAAAACUUUAGAAAUUUAACAUAUAUUAUGGUACAUAUAUUAUGUCUGUAUUGUCUCAUGUCAUCUUUUGCAUCUAAGAUUGAAAUCUAUAAUUAUGAUCCACAAUAAACAGACACAUCAAUUAUACAAUGCAACACUAUUAAAAUUGAGAAAAAUGAAAUAAAUGAAUAAAAGAAACACUGAAAAAUUUGUGUUUCGAUGUUUAACCAAAACUGACCUUCCUUUUCUAAAUCGACAUCAUUUUAAAUGUCAGUCAUGGAAAGUAAAAGUUGCAACAAUUUUGUAAGCUAUGUGGGAAUCGAAGAACUUGAAAUGCAGCAAAUAGAUUCUAGUCAACGUAAUUCAUUGAUUGAAAACAAUUUAAAACUCUUGCGGGGAGAAGUUCUCGUUGCUAAAGCACAAAAUGUUUUAAUGUUUUUACCGGUUGGUGAUUUAAAACAAGGAACUUCUGGCAUACUUUCUGUUACUAAUUUCAAGCUCUCUUUUAUUACAACUGAUGAUUCAAAUGGAGAGGAUAAUAAUCAUCAACAAAAUCAUUUAUAUGGGUAUACAGAUACAUGCCUGACAAAUAUUGAUGAAAUUUACUUAAUAGUAGGUGAUAAAAAGAAAAAACUUCUUCCAGGAAAUUUAGUACCGUCCAAAGUAAAAGCAAUAUUUAUUACUUGUAAGAAUUUGAGGACAUGGUCAUUUUCCUUUAAAUUUUCACCUCUUGGGCAUGGAAAAAAUAUCUUAAAUGCCUUGUUACAUCAUGCAUUUCCUAGCAGGCAUCAUUUAUUGUUUGCCUAUGAUUACACUGAACCAUAUUACAGUAGUCUUGAUAAAGGUAUCAGAUUAUUUAGAAAUAUAUCUGAUUGGCAAAAUGAAUUUGAACGUAUAUUAAGUAGCGAGAAAGCAAGUCAAGGAUGGAGAUUGUCAACUGUUAAUAUAAAAUUUCAGUUAUGUUCCAGUUUGCCACAAUAUAUCAUUGUACCAGCAUCUUUAACCAAUAGUCAGCUAACAGAUGCUGCAAAAUAUUUUCAAGGCAAUAGAUUACCGGUUUGGGCAUGGUCAAAUCAACAUGGUGCAGCAUUAGUAAAAAUACCUGAAUUAUUACCAACAAUUACUGAAAGGAUACAAGAAAACAUAAUGUUAGAAAAUAUCAGAAAAAGCCAUCCUCAUAAAUUGCCACCUAUUGUAAUUGAACUAAGUAAAGAUAUUAGUGUGAAAUCAAUAGCUGUAGGUUUCUCAAAAUUUUACAGUUUGUGUUCUCCAGAAAAUAUUAGACAACUUUGGAUACAAGAUAAUAAUUUCUAUUCGUUAUUAGAAAGUACAAAAUGGCUUAAGUAUGUAUCAUAUUGUCUAGAAAAAACAGUUACAGCUUGUGAAAAUCUUAAUUCAGGAUAUUCAGUAGUUUUACAAGAAGGAGAAGCUAGAGAUUUGUGUUGUGUUAUAUCAAGUUUAAUACAGUUAUUACUUGAUCCACAUUUUCAAACUAUCGUUGGAUUUCAAUCUCUGAUACAAAAAGAAUGGGUUGCUAGUGGACAUCCUUUUUGCGAUCGUUUAGGGCAUAUGAUGAAACCAAAUUCUGAAAAGUCUCCAUUAUUUCUUCUUUUCCUUGACUGUGUUUGGCAACUAUGUCAACAAUUCCCAGCAGAAUUUGAAUUUACUGAGACAUAUUUAACAACAUUAUGGGAUGCAGCUCAUGUGUCAAUUUUUGACACUUUCAUUUUCAAUUGUGAAAAAGAUCGUACGAUGGCAGCUACGGAUCCAAAUACACCACUUAUAUUACGUAGUGUUUGGGACUGGAGAGAACAAUUUAAUGAUCAAGAUAUCUUAUUAUUUUAUAACCCUUUAUUUAAUGCUUAUGGAAAAACUUUAACAGAAAAGACGAUCGUGAAACCAUUGUACAGUAUCUCUAAUUUAGAACUUUGGAGCCAGUGUUAUUUCCGUUGGAUACCCCCGCUCGUUAUUCAUAAUGGUGGUGGAAGUCACAUAGAUCUUUAUACCAGAUUACUUCGAAAUGAUAUAAAUCAAUUAAGACUAAGUAUAGAUAGGAGUUGUGGAUCACCAAUUGAUAAAAUAGGUAGUUAUUUACUUCAGAUGAAUAUUGACAGCUUUUAUCCAUUUAGUAGUAAAAGAUCUGGGAAUACUGUUAGUACUCCUAUCAUAAGUAGUACAAUACUUACAACUGAAAGUUUAUUGGAUGCUCAAUCCUUGAUAACUGUACCUGAUUGACUGUUCGCAAUGUAUAUAUAUCUUACGUAUGUAGGUAUAAAUAGAUUUACAGAUUUAUACCAUCCCUUUUAUAGUCAAUUGUACAGUAUCUUGUUAAAACAUGUUACAAAAUAUAUCAAAAAGAUUUAGAAAUAAGUAUCUUGAAAAUUAAUCAUAGUUAUGUACAUAACUUUGUGUAGCUGUUUUUAUAGAAACAAUCGUAAAAAUAUCAAUUUUUUUAGUAAUAUAAAAAAAAUGUAAUGAAACAUAAUAUAUAAACACUGAAUAAUU